AUGGAAUCAAGGUAUAAGGAUACUCAAGCUGAUAUUAAAUCCAUCAAAGCUCAUUCACUUCAAACCACUGGUACUUCUCAUCCUACUAUUGUCUAUGUAGAAAACCCUGAUGAUGCUAAAAAGGGGGAGAAAGGAAAGAAAGGAAAGGAUGCUGUUGAUACAUUAGUGGUUGAUACAUCACCUUCUGAAAUCCCCAAAACUUCCUCACCUCAAACUACAAAGCCAACAGAUGUUGAGACACCUGUUAUAUCAACAGCUGUUGAUACAUCAGUGGUUUUAACAGUUGUUAUCACAACAAAUGUUGUUGUCACUUUAUCAACCACCACUCAAUCCACAAAUCCAACUCCAAGUUCAACACCUCCAACCACACCAAAAAUCAAAAGAAGGAGGAUAACAAAUGUCAUACUUGAAGAUGACACUGUAGCUUCUCCACUUCCAAUAUCUUCACAACCUCUGAUCCUAUCAACUGUACAAAAACCUACUUCAACUGCUUCAUUUCUAACCCCUGACCAAACUACUGCCUUUGUUCCUUUGAGUGUGAAAUUUCCUCUGGAUCUUCCAGCAGUAGGGAGGAGAUCAAAUCCUUCUAUUCUGAAGAUGAUCCUGAAAAGAGGAAUCGUCCAUCUCUUCAAGGGUAUCCUUUGCCAAAGAACAUUCAUGAAUACCUUCAAUUGA